AUGGAGGAGCAGGAGGGUCAGAGGCGAGGCGGCGAUGGCGCGCGCGAUGCCGCCCUUCUACGUCUGUUUCCUACAGUCGGUCCCCUCUUGUCUACCGCCAGUUUGAAAAUUAAACAGCCCCAGCGCUUCCCAUUGGGCCCGCUUAGCGAUCACGUGAUUUUGCUUCUACCACUCAGACCGUUUCGCGCGCCUUUUCGAAUUGGAGUUUUCAUCGAUAGUCCCUGUAUCCUUCCUCCUCACUCGCCCAGGAGGGAGGGAAAUAAAAUAGUCCUGGAAAGAUGUCUGUUCCGGCGGCCGGACUCGCUGCAGCUCCAGAAGGGUGAUUUCUGUCAGCAGGUAAGACUUCCAGUUUCAAAGAUGCCGCUCUUUGGGAAAAUUGUUGUUAUUAAAAGGAAUGGGACUGAUGGAAUCCAUUUUCCACUCACUGCAAGUUCUUGUUUAUUUGGAAGGAAAACGGAGUGUGAUAUCCGCAUACAGCUGCCUCAAGUCUCAAAAGAACAUUGUAAAAUUGAAGUCAAUGAGAACAAGGAGGCAAUCUUGAUUAAUUUAAGUACUGUAAAUCCAACGCAAUUGAAUGGUAACAGUUUUCAGCAACCUGCACAUCUGAAGCAUGGAGAUGUGUUCACUAUUGUUGAUCGUUCUUUCAGGUUUGAAUAUCCUCCUCAAUCAACUCCAAGAAAGAGACUUUCUAGAACUCCAAAAAAUGAAACCCUACAGGUUCUUCAUGUUCAGCAGGUGGCAGAAGUGGAAUUACAGAGCCCAACAUCUAAAAGUCCUCAUACGUCUGAUAAAAACAUAGAAUGUGAAGGCCAAAAUUUUGGUGAAAAUGACAAGCAAAGCACUGAGGAAGAUAUUUCCAGAGUUGUACCAGCCAAACAACAUGCAACACCUAAAUCAACAUACAGAACAGCUAAAUCUAACAGAAGAGAAAAUGAGAUGUCUCCUUUUAGCAAACUUUAUGAAUUGUUGAAAAAUGAGAUUGAUGUGAAAACACAGAAAGAUGGCAACGAAGAGAUACCUAUGCCACGACAAGCAGAGACUAAUGCCCAGCAAAUUUCAUUAUUGGUAUUUCCAUCUGGUCAAGAGACCCAAACUAAGGAAAAAGAGACAAUAAUUGGUGAAGAUAUUGAACAGUCUAAAGUUAAAGAACAAGAAAUAAACAAUGUGGAACUUAAUCAGAUUUCUACUGAAGGAAAUAGUUCUAAGAAGACCAAUGAAAUAAGUUCUGCAAAUUCAGGUGAACCACGGACUGGACAAGAUUCAUCAUUAGGAGUUAAAGCAACAGAAAUUUCAAAUGAAAUUCAAAAGAAAGAUGUAGUAUGCAGUAGUGUUGGUGGGAAUGAAUCAUGCAUUUUGGGAAAAAGUAAUAAAUAUUCAAAGCAAAAGAGAAACAGUAAACAGCUUACACCAAGAAAAUCCUUAAAUGCAGAAGAAGUGCUAAAAGAAAUUCAUUAUGAGACUUCCUCAGUUAGCGUAACUAAGGAGAGAGAUUCUGAAACUGUUGCAUUUUCUCCUGGGUAUAGUAAUUCCAAAAGCCCCAAAGGGAGUGUUAGACAAAGUAAAAAAAAUUCAAAUAAAAGUCCAUUAUCAGAGUUAUUAACUCCAAAAAGGUUAACACCGAAAGAUGAAUCUUCUGCUAGCCGUAAACAUCACUCUGGAGCGCGAAGGGGAAGACGAAUGAGCUCUGGAAAGAUGGCUGAAGAAACAUUGGAGAGAGAUCCAUCUCAAGAACAUUACAAGAAUGUAGAUAUUAAAGGUAGUGAUGUUAAAGAAAAGCUGACCACAGAGAACUACCAACAGAAAUUAGAGGUGGAAGAUGCUAAUAUUGUACUGGGACCUCACAGGUUGUCAUCAAAAAGAAGGUGCUCUGAAAGUGUUGUACUUCUGAGAGAUGAUGAAGUUGCAUCAGAAAUAAAUAUUUCUAGCCUACCUACUGAAGACAAAAAGUCAGGUGAGACAAAGAGGUUACCUCAAAAGCGGAAAAGUGGAGAGCUUGAGUUGUUACAUCAGCCUUUUGGGAAAAGAAAGAGAGUGUCCUUUGGUGGUCAUCUCAGUCCUGAACUUUUUGAUAAAAGUCUACCACCCAACUCACCACUUAGAAGAGGUGCAAUUCCAGCAAGGUUAAGCUUACCAUUUGGAAAUUCACCUCGUGCGGUUCUGAAGAAGGGACAGGGAUUCAAACGUCUUGUAAUCAAGGAUCUUUCCGAGCAUUUGCAGAGACAAAAAUCAUCACAAAAAAACUUGCCUGCCAGGAGGUCCCCGGCUGCCUCGCCGCCUGCCAGGAGGUCCCCGGCUGCCUCGCCGCCUGCCAGGAGGUCCCCGGCUGCCUCGCCGCCUGCCCUUGAAAAAAUGUCACCUAAGCUCACUGCAAACUCCCCAUCAAAUACACCAUUCACAAAAGGACGUUUCUCUAUUUCUCACAUUAGCACACCAUCUCCUACUUCGAAGGAGCAGGGUACUGCUGCAACAGAAGUUAAGGAAAGUGAUGGAGAUUUUACUGGAGUCAAGACACCUGAAUCUUUUCAUAUUAACCAGGAACAUCAGAUUUCUGUGCCAACUACACCUAAACAAUUAAUAAGGCGUAGUAUAAGAUUUUCUGUGAAGAGAACUCCACAGAAGAGGAGGAGUGAUGCUGUGGAAACAAUUCAUUCUAAAAGAAGAAGUGGUGCUUCUAAAGCCAAUUUGCUAGUUGCAAAAUCUUGGGCAGAAGUGGUGAAGUUGGGUGUUGCAAGACCACAAGUAAAGGCUGUUAAAAAAUGUGUUCUCAAAGGAAAAUCAGCCAAGAAGUUAACAAAAUCACCAAAGACUCCAGCAAGAAAAGUAAAGGGUCAUUUUAGUACAGGUCAUGCAGAUUCUCCAGCUACAAUAGUGAUAGGAAGAGCUCAUACCACCAGAGUGAAGCUGGUUGGACAGGCCCCUAGAGUGGUCAAGAAUUGUGCUUUGAAACAAAACAUGGAUAUAAAUGAAAGCUUCACAGGAAUGACUGAGAUGUUUAGAACUCCAGUAAAUGAAAAUCAAAAAAGUCCAUCUUUAUCUGCUGCUCACAAGACUGAUCUUACACCAUCAUGUGCUGAAGUAGAAGGCUCUGAGGUACACACUCCAGAGGAGUCUGGAGAGAUGGUAAUAUCACCAUUAAGUAUCUCAGGCAUGUCACAACAGAGAAAAGAUAGUCAUGAUGUUGUAUCUCGCUUCCUGAGAGUGGAGAAGUCUCCAAAUUCUGCUUUUGUGGCUGUUAAGUUAAAGCAGACUCCUAAAAAAGAGAGAACUGUACUGGAAGAGAAGGUGGAAAUGAGUAAUCCAUUAGUAAUGCCAGAAAAGCAUAUAACUGAGAUGAAAGUGGGAGCUAAAAGGCUUGUGAAGACUCCAAAGCAAAAGAUGGAACCCGUCGAGGCUCUGUCGGGCGUCAAAAGGCUCUUGAGGACUCCAAAGCAAAAGAUGGAACCCGUCGAGGCUCUGUCGGGUGUCAAAAGGCUCUUGAGGACUCCAAAACAAAAGACUGAACCCAUCGAGGCGCUCUCGGGCGUCAAAAGACUCUUGAGGACUCCAAAGCAAAAGACCGAACCCAUCGAGGCUCUCUCAGGCAUCAAAAGGCUCUUGAGGACCCCAAAGCAAAAGACCAAACCUGUCGAGGUUCUUUCGGGCAUCAAAAGGCUCUUGAGGACUCCAGAGCAGAAGACGGAACCUCUUACAGAUGAAAUUGCCUUAAAAAGAUUACUAAAGACUCCAGCACAAAAAAAGCAAGUAGUAAAUGAUCUGGUGGGAGUCUCUUUUAUGAAGACAACACGAAAGCAGAAAUGUCAGUCAGUAGAAGACAUGAUAGGGAUCAGCCAUAUGAAAACGUCUAAGCAGAGAAUCCAAUCAGAAGAUACGGUAGGAAUUAAAAGGCUAUUGAAGACAUCACAUGAAAGAGUUGAACCAGUAGAAGACAUGUUUGGUAUCAGCAGACUACUGAGGACACCAAGGGAAAAAUAUCUACCAGUUGAUGACUUCGUGGGAUUGCAAAAACUUAUGGCUGAGCCUAAACAAAAAUAUUCAAAUUCUGAACUGGAUUAUGCUGGUGUUAAAGAAAUUUUUGAUACACCAAAGGAAAUUAAGGUCAAAAUUACAGAUCUCAUGCAAGAAAAUAAUUCUCCUCAUAUUGAUCCUAAAAGUGAACAUGAAUCCAGAGGAAAUUAUGAAAGAGAACUGAAGGAAGAGAAAAAAAUGGAAGAUUCACUUGAAAAAACAUCACUCCCAUUUGUGAGAUCAAGGAAUGGAAACAUUAAAAAUGAACAAGAAUUGCAAGAAAGCCUUGAACAUGCAUGUAUUUCACCUAAGGAGUCAGAAAUUGUGAAAAAUAUAGAAAAUAUUGAAAAAGAAAAAAUGAGUAAUGGCUCUCAGACACAGAGCCAUAAUCUCUCAAAUUCAGUAAUCUCUCUUUUACUUACCAAAAUGGAUCCAGUUCAAGAACCAGCUAUGCAACUGCAAAGAGAAUUAAACCAAUAUUUGAAAGAUAGUGAUGAUAAAGAAUUGCUUUUUGAAAAUCCUGUUGCCCCACAAUUAAAUCUUAUCCGGGAAUCUAUCGAUUUGUCCAGUAAAGACAAAAAAUCUACAAGGGCAAAACAGCAGAAAAUAGAAAUAAAAGAGAACCCCUCUUCACUAAGAGAAUGUGAAGAAAAUCUAAAGGAGAAUGUAAAUUUACUAGAAUUACCAGUUCUGAUGAAAGAGAGGAUUGAAGACCAGAAGGAAGAGGCUGUUGCUUUCACUUCCGUAGUUAAAAAUCUAGGAAGAAAAGAGAGAACUAAUCAGUGUAUGCAAGAAGGAAUUGUUUCAAAAAUUCAUGUUCACAAACAACUUGACAAAAAUAAGGAAGCUGUUUCCUCAGUAGAAAUAAAUGGAACUUUUCAUAGCUCCAGAAGAGGUAAAAGGAGUCUUGAGUCUCAUGAUAAAGAUUCUUUAAUGCUACAAAGAGAAACUACAAGUAUGAAACAGAAUUUGCAGACUGAGCAUCAAUCUGUCACAAACCAUAUUUUAAUAAUGGAAAAUGAUCAAAGUCUGAAGACAGCAAAUGUAUCUAGUAGCAGUAAAAAUGUAAGAGGGCACCCUCUGCAAACAGGGCUUAUAGCACCUGAAGAUAAGUCUGAUCAAGGUAGUGUAAAAAAUAAUGAAAAGGUGGCUCUGUCAGUUAGGAAGAGGUCUAGAGGGGAGAAAAAAUUAGAAAUGCUAGAAUCAUUAGUUCCAGCUAAAAGAACCAGAAGAGGGAAAACUGAAGAUAACAAACAGGGAUUUACAGAGGAACAUGAUGCAAAAGAAAACCCCCGAAGACAGACAACAAGGAACCCUUGUAGAGCAGAAACAGCAAAGUGUAUACAAACAGAUGAACAGGAUUUUGCCCACAGUAUCAUUGAGGCUGCUGCAGUAGAAGAAUCUGAAAUCAAUAAACCAACCCUUGAAAUUAUGGUAACAGAGAUGAAAGGAAGAAAAUCUUUGAGAGUAAAAUCUAGAAAGCAAUUAGAGGAAACAAAGAAAGUAAGUACAGAGAUGGGACCUGAAAGUGUAAGAUCUGUCCAGGAAACCAAGAGAACAUCAAAAGAAACUGUAGUUAAAACACAUAAAUCUAUAAAAAAUGAGACAAAAGCGGUUCAGGAAACUAAGGAAGCAGAAACAGGUCAAAGCUUAAAGUUAAAGAAGUCACAUUUUGAAAACACAAAUGAAGCACCACUUGAUGUUUAUAGCUUGCAAGCAAACAGGAAUUCAAUAAAAAAAACUAAUCAAAGACAUGGAAAUAAGAGAGGUCAAAAAGGUAUAUUGGACAUUAAGGAAGGUGAAUUUGCCAAAAAUGAAAAAAUGAUACCACAAAAUAUAUCAGAAACUGAACCAGAGACAAUUUCUACAAAAGACUCUCUAGGAUCUCUACAGACAGUGCAAAAUUCCAAAACCAAGGAAGCCCAAAACAAUCCAACUGCUGCAAUGGUAUAUGGUCCUAAAGAUGAUGAGAGAACUGUUUUUAGACAUGGAAAGAGGAUAAGGAAAGGUGAUGGCAAACAGGAAGCAUCUGAAACCAAACAAAUUGAGAUUUUAGAAAAUAAUCCUACAGAAGCAAAUGAAAAUACACCAAGAAGAGACAGAGGGAAAAAAGUUCAUUUUGAACUUGAGGAAGCCAGUUCUGCUUCUCUCAGAGGAAAACACGUUUUACCUGAAGGUAAUGAUAAAGACCAAAAUGAGACUUCAGAAAACAUUCCUUCCCAAGCAAAUGAAAAUCUCUCAAGAAGGGGCAGAAGGAAAGAGGUUGAUCUCAUACCACAUGCAGUUAGUUCCACUUCUCUUAGAGAAAAAUACAGCUUGCCAGAAAGUGAUGCCAAAAAAGAGGCUCCUAAAAAAGACCAAGAUGCAGCUUUGGAAUCUACUGCUUCCCCUACAAAAGAGAAUACAUCCAGAAGGGGCAGAAGGAAACAGGUUGAUCAUAAAGUGCUGGCAGCUAAUUCCACUUCUUUUGGAGGAAAAUGCAGCUUGCCAGGAGAUAGCAGUAAAGAAGAGAUGUCAGAAGAUCAAAAUGUGCCUAUUGUUUCUCCUACAAAAGAGAAGCUAUCAAGAAGGGGCAGAAGGAACCAAGUUUCUCUCACGUCUCAGGCAGCUAGUUGCACUUCUCUCAGAGGAAAAAGUAGCUUGACAGAAAACGAUGAUAAAGAUGCGAUUCCUAAAGAAGACCAAAACGUGCCUUUAGGAAGUACUACCUCCCAGGCAAAAGCUAAUCCACCAAGAAAAGGCAGAAGGAAACAGGUUGAUCUCACAACACAGGCAGCUAGAUCCACUUCUCUCCGAGGAAAAAGCAGCUUGCCAGAAAAUGAUGGUAAAGAGAAGGUUCCUAAAGAAGACCCAAAUGUGCCUUUGGGAAAUACUACCGAGGCAAAAGCUAAUCCACCAAGAAAGGGCAGAAGGAAACAGGUUGAUCUCACAACACAGGCAGCUAGUUCCACUUCUCUCAGAGGAAAAAGCAGCUUGCCAGAAAAUGAUAAUAAAGAGAAGACUCCUAAAGAAGACCAAAAUGUGCCUUUGGAAAAUAUUACCUCCCAGGUAUCAAAAAGGGGCAGAAGGAAACAGGUUGAUCUCACGACACAGGCAGCUAGUUCCACUUCUCUCCGAGGAAAAAGCAGCUUGCCAGAAAAUGAUGGUAAAGAGAAGGUUCCUAAAGAAGACCCAAAUGUGCCUUUGGGAAAUACUACCGAGGCAAAAGCUAAUCCACCAAGAAAGGGCAGAAGGAAACAGGUUGAUCUCACGACACAGGCAACUAGAUCCACUUCUCUCCGAGGAAAAAGCAGCUUGCCAGAAAAUGAUAAUAAAGAGAAGACUCCUAAAGAAGACCAAAAUGUGCCUUUGGAAAAUAUUACCUCCCAGGCAUCAAAAAGGGGCAGAAGGAAACAGGUUGAUCUCACGACACAGGCAGCUAGUUCCACUUCUCUCCGAGGAAAAAGCAGCUUGCCAGAAAAUGAUGGUAAAGAGAAGGUUCCUAAAGAAGACCCAAAUGUGCCUUUGGGAAAUACUACCGAGGCAAAAGCUAAUCCACCAAGAAAGGGCAGAAGGAAACAGGUUGAUCUCAUGACACAGGCAGCUAGUUCCACUUCUCUCAGAGGAAAAAACAGUUUGCCAGAAAAUGAUGAUAAAGAGAAGGUUCCUAAAGAAGACCCAAAUGUGCCUUUGGGAAAUACUACCGAGGCAAAAGCUAAUCCACCAAGAAAGGGCAGAAGGAAACAGGUUGAUCUCAUGACACAGGCAGCUAGUUCCACUUCUCUCCGAGGAAAAAGCAGCUUGCCAGAAAAUGAUGAUAAAGAGAAGGUUCCUAAAGAAGACCAAAAUGUGCCUUUGGGAAAUAUUACUUCUCAGGCAUCAAAAAGGGGCAGAAGGAAACAGGUUGAUCUCACAUCUCAAGCAGCUAGUUCCACUUCUCUCAGGGGAAAACGUCACUUGCCAGAGGAUGAAAAGGCAGCCAAAAAAUUAAAAUCAGAGUGUGGUGAAAGUAUAACUCUGCAGAAAGAAACAAGAAAAAAAACUAAAGGAGAACUUGGCAAAGGUGGUAUUAGCAUGAUUCAGAGUGCUGGAGGAACAGAAAGGAAAACAAGAGCAAGUGCAAGAACAAGAAAAUAA